AUGGCGAAACUAUCAGAGUUUGAGGAUAAGGGAUCAGGGUGGGCUUUUGAAAAAAUAAUAUCGUUGGAGGUUAAUAUUAACAAAUAUGAAAUCGGGAAUGGGGCUUCAUCCUUCAUUAAGCUACCGGAUCAAAUCCGAAAUAAAAACGCGUGUAUCAAUGUAAAAAACAAUGAUGAAGCUUGCUUUUUUUGGAGUAUAGUUUCAGCGCUGUAUCCUGCAAAAGCGAGUUCUGAUCGGACUAGUUCGUAUCCACAUUACACAACUGUCUUAAAUGUUGAUGGUUUGGAAACGCCAAUGACUAUUGGAGGCAUUUCGAAAUUUGAAAAACCAAAUGGCAUCUCUGUAAACGUUUAUGGGCUGGAAAUGAAUGUCACUAAAGAAAAAACAUUUUACGUAACAAUACCGUUAAGGUUGUGUAAAAUUAAAUUAGCUAGACAUGUAAAUUUGCUGAUGGUACAAGAUAAAUAUUUUCCAAAAUUAAACGAUUAUGAGGCGCCUAUUGAGGAUGAUGAAUUUGUAGAUAUCAAAUACCAUUAUUGCAUGAUAAAGAAUCUGUCUCGGCUUUUAUCUAGUCAAACAAGCAAUCAUAAACGUAAAAUAUUUGUAUGCGAUAGAUGUCUAAAUUAUUUUAACAGUUUUGACAGACUAAAUGAUCAUGCAAAAUAUUGUGAGAGAAUCAACGACUGCAAAGUUUCAUUUCCACCAUAUCAACAUGUUGAAUUUAAAAAUCAUGUGUAUAAACAGACAACGCCUUUUGUUGUCUAUGCAGACUUUGAAGCAAUGCUACAAAAAAUUAAAAAUGGACCGCUUAAAAGUAAAACAAUUAAAGAUCAGGAGCAUAAAGCCUUUAGCGCCGGGUAUUAUGUCAAAUGUUCUUACGAUGAAUCCUUAUCUUUUUAUCGAAGCUACGCAGGUACGGACUGUCUAGACUGGUUUGCCAAGGAAAUGUCUGAUUUGGCAAUGUUUGUACAUGGAAAGAUAAAGCAUAUUGAGCCCAUGAAUAUUAAACCAAACACUAAUGGAGCAACUGAUUGUCAUAUUUGUGAGAAGCGCUUUACACCCACAGAUACAAUUGUGGUUGAUCAUGACCAUUUUAACGGGCAAGUACGCGGAUUUGCACACCAAGUGUGUAAUCUUAAUUUUAGAAAACAGUUUGUUGUUCCGAUUUUUUUUCAUAAUCUUAGCGGUUACGACUCACAUUUCAUGAUAAGACAAUUGGCGAAAAAAGGAAGUAUCAGCCUACUCCCAAUAAACAAGGAAAGAUAUAUUUCCUUUACUCUGAAUGAUACAGAAUCCAAAGUUAAGUUGAGGUUUGUUGAUUCAUUGAGAUUUUUGAAUUCCUCACUGGAUAAACUGGCAACCACAUUAAAUACAGAAGAUUUAAGGUACUUGGCUCGAGAAUUUCCAAAUGCCGCUCCUGAACAAAUAGAGCUAUUGAGAAGAAAAGGCGUAUUCCCAUAUGAAUACAUUGAUUCUAUGGAUAGGUUAAAGGAAACUCAACUCCCAUCUAUUGAUAAAUUUUAUAGUUCGCUAACAGAUGAAAACAUCUCUAAAGAUAUGUACCACCAUGCGCAAAACGUUUGGCAAUCAUUUGAUAUUAAAAAUAUUUUGGAAUAUAGCUUGUUAUACAUGAAGACCGAUAUAAUGUUGUUAACUUGCAUCUUUGAAAAUUUCCGACAAAAAUGCCGAGGUACAUACAGUCUUGAUCCUGCCUGGUACUACACUAUGCCAGGUUUUUCGUGGGAUGCCAUGCUUAAAUAUACAGGUUGCAAAUUGGAGUUGCUGCAGGAUAUCGAUAAAAUCAUGUUUAUCGAAAAAUCUAUUCGAGGUGGAAUUAGUCAAGUGAGUAAUCGAUACUCGGAGGCUAAUAACAAAUAUAUGCCAUCUUACGACUCCUCAAAGCCCAGCAAGUAUGUGGUGUAUUUAGAUGUCAAUAAUCUUUACGGCUGGGCAAUGUCCCAGUGUUUACCAUAUGCAAAGUUUGAGUGGGUGGACACUAACAUCGAUGUUCUUAGUAUUCCUGACGAUGGUGAUACAGGGUACAUACUACAAGUUGACUUGGAGUACCCCGAACACUUGCAUGAUUUACACAAAGAUUUUCCAUUUUGUUGCGAACACCAAGUUCCACCGGGAUCUAAUUUUAAGAAGCUUAUGACUACGCUCCAUAAUAAAACGGAGUACACUUUGCAUUACCGUAACCUCAAAUAA